CCGCGACAGUAACAAACGCCUCAACUCCUGACGGUCCCGAAAACUCCUGCAAUUAACUCCUGGCUGCGAACUCCUUACUAUUAGCUGCUGUGUACAAAGUGCAGUGAAAGUGCUGCUUGUGUUAUGUGGAAUUAAUCUGGAUGACGUUAAUUUUUGACACGUUCCAAUGAAUUCUCGUACACCGAAAAUUCGCCACGAAAUGAUCGAGAUUACGCAUUACGUGAUCAAAAUGUUUACCUGUAGACAUAUACUAUAGAAAGUACUAGAAGAAUACUAUAAUGGAUAUAGAUGAGAAGGUAUCUGGUCCGGGAGGCGCGUCACAGAAGAACUGGACGCAUUUGAACACUAGCAAUGAAUUGCCUCUGGAAAUGCGCUUCAACCAUGGACAUAUGGUGUCAAUAACAGUGUACACAAUAUUAAUGAUAAUAUCAGCGACCGGCAACUUGACUGUCCUAUCACAAUUACUGAAGAGGAGGCGAGCAGCUCGCGCGAGUCGACUUGAUUUGCUACUCAUGCAUUUAGCUGUGGCUGACUUGAUGGUGACAUUCCUGAUGAUGCCGCUAGAGAUAGCGUGGGCGGGCACGGUGCAGUGGCUGGCGGGCGACUUCAUGUGCCGUCUCAUGAUGUUCACCAGGACUUUCGGCCUUUACCUCUCCAGCUUCGUCCUUAUAUGUAUCGCUGUUGAUAGAUACUACGCAAUUUUGAAGCCUCUAAACGUGAAAUGGGAAGCGCGAGUGCGGAAGGCUCUAGCCACAGCAUGGGUGUGCGCCGGCCUCGCCAGCCUGCCCCAGAGCUUCAUCUUCCAUCUAGAAGAACAUCCUGAUGUCAAAGGAUACUUUCAAUGCGUGUCAUACGGCUCCCUGCCAACGGAACGACACGAGUUCGCUUAUUUCCUAGUCAAUAUGACGCUGAUGUACGUCGCCCCGCUGGUCUCCACCCUCUAUUGCUCCUCCGCCGCUCUCGCUGAGAUCAUACGUAGAGCGAACACCGCCAAUGAUAAAAUGCGUCGCAGCGGCGUUGGAAUACUCGGCCGUGCUCGAGCUAGGACUUUGAAGAUGACGGUCACUAUUGUUUUAGUAUUUUUUACAUGUUGGUCUCCUUACUACUGUUAUUGCUUAUGGUACUGGAUAGAUAAAGAAUCCGUGAGAAGUCUAGACCCUGCUUUCCAAAAAGCUAUGUGGUUAUUCUCUUGCACUAAUUCCUGCGCCAACCCUAUUGUCUAUGGCGUGUUCAACAGAAACCGCUUUCAUACUGGCCCGAACGCAAGACAUCGUAAUGGAAGUAUGCGUAGAGGAUCACGCUUCCCUUUCGGCGAUUCAAUGGAGAUUUCCGCAGCGACUUUAGUCCGCGCACGAAGUUCCCUCACCAGUGAGAGAAAUGGAAGAAGAGAUUCAUCAUUCAAUUCGAAAAACGGAACGCAAAAACAACUUAAUCAUAAUAAUAAUCUCGUAAACAACGGCGUUGUAUAAUCUAUGACAGUUACUAGGGAUGGUAAAAAAAUAGCGUUUUAACGUUAUAGCUAAAAGCUAUUUUUAUAACGUAAAGGAUUUUUUCUGUAAAUUAAUAUUAACUGAUGUAAGUACUAGUUUACAUUAGAUAAAAUUUGUCGUUACAGAAAAAUAAAGCUUUAAGAAAAAGCCUUUAGGGACAUACCUUUAUAUUUAUAUAUCUUUUAACUUCACACUUGUCUAAAAUUAAAUUAGGAACAUUUCUUUGGUCCUAUAAAAACUAAUGAUUGUAAAAGUAAUUAAAAAAAAUAAAAAGACGUAAUUAUAAGAGAAUGUGUUUAUUAAGCUAUUAAUAAUGUCAAUGUAUAAAAGAAAUUUACUUUUAAAAAUGUGUAAACCAUAGAUAACCUAUAGAUAGUAUUUUUCAUGCCAGUUACAUAUUAAAAAUUCUUUGAUGAUAUUGCGAAUGUCCAUGGCCGUCGAUGAACAUUUCGGUGUUCCCGCUGCCCCUUUUUUUAUAAAAAAUCCAAUAUUCGAAUUUUAAAAUUGAGGGAAUUUACCCUAACCAAAGGAAUUUUCAGACCUAUGUUCUGUCUUUAGAUUAUUUAUAUAUACGCUAAGCAUUAUAUAUAAAUAAGAAUAUAUAAGAUGUUAUUUAUAGAAGAAAGAUAAUGUAAAUGAUGUCGGUUAUUAGAACGUGAGCCAAGGAUACUGUUAUACUUGUAGCAAUAUUUCUUGUUUACAUUUGUUAUCAGAUUUUGAUAAUUAUAAGUUGUUAGUUAUAAGUUAUUAGAGAUACUCAUUCGUUUAAGUUUUUAUUCCUAAAUUCCAAAGUUUAGAAUUUAAGUUGUACACUUUAAGAGACUGAUUGACCAAAACGUAACUCUGUAAAUAAAUGUAAUUCAUUUUUUUUCUUAGUUUUUUUCGUUGCAAUGUUUGCGCAAGCUAACUUUUUAAAUUUUAUAUUUAUUUGUUAUCCUUAUUUAGUAAUCUUGGCUGUGAGGGAACUCAGGAUGUGUGAAAAGUGAGUUUUGUACCAAAUAUGUAUUCAAUUGUAAGUGAAUAAAGUCGAAAUUCCUAAA